UUCCCAGAACAACGUUGUCGUCAGCUGACGAUUGUGGGCAAACAGUUGAGGAAGGGCAAAUAUAUACAUUGAAAAGUUUCAUGUUCAGUUGCUUUCACGAUGCCGCAGAGCUCCACCGCACCCAUGGGCCGCUUUGCCCCCAAUACGUUGAGCCAAUUAGAGCCGCAGAUUCACAAGGAGAUCAAGGGCGUGCUGGGUUUCUCGGAGCCCACACUGCUGCAAGCCGCUUUGAACGCCAUUCAAGCCGGAGGUCAAGAACAGGCCAUUGAGAGUGAGUGCGGGUCAAGUCUGGUCAAAAUCAGGUCCAGGGGUCGUUUGUCCACCAUGUUGGAGUCCCGCAAGGCCCAAAAAUUGUCCCGCAAGAUUUACGGGGCCGUGGACGAAUUUUGCGUGACACAUGAGCUGCCCAGACCCGCGGGGGAGGAGUCGGAUCGGGGAUCGAGGAAGCGGAAAGCCGAUCAGGAUGAGGGUGAAGCCACGGUGGCCAAGAAACCGGUGGAGGGGAGCAUGGCCGCCAUGUCGGCUGAGCAAAUUCGAGCCAUCAUGUCCAACACGAAGAAACAGAUUGAAGAGCGCAAACGCCAACUGCAAGUGAGUUUGGCGGCGGCUAAACCCGCUUUGGGUCAACCCACCAGUGGGGUAGUGGGUCCGCAAAAACCCGCACCGGCCGAUGCAUCGGAAGACAAGUUCAAAUCCAUUGCGGCGCUGCAAGCGCAGAUUCAGAGCCGCAUGGAGAAGAUGAAGCUCCCCGUGGCCACGGGUCCCACAUCCUUGAUUCUGGACGCGGAAGGCCGAACCGUGGAUGCCUCCGGUCAAGAAAUCCAAUUGACGCAACACGUGCCCACUUUGAAGGCCAAUUUGCGGGCCAAAAAGCGCGAUGAGAUGAAGGAGCACCUGAAAGAAGGCCCGGGCGUGGUCCAAGUGGAUCAAGAGUCCAAAUUCUUUGAUCCACGUGUGGUGGGUAAGGGCGUGGCCACGCGGGCUCACAAACGAGCUUUUCGCUUCAAUGAACCCGGCAAGUUUCAAAACGAAGGCAACCGUCUGCGAAUGAAAGCGCAAUUAGAAAAGCUCCAGGCAGAUAUCGCCAGUGUCGCCCGACGUACGGGGAUCUCGUCGGCCACUCAGUUGGCCAAGCUCGUGCCCAAAGAGGCCGAAAAGGGUCGGAUCCCGGAGGUGGAGUGGUGGGACUCUCACCUGAUGCACCCGGACUCCACGUACGCCGAGCCGGUGUUCCGCGAAGGAGCCAUCACCAAUCUGAUCGAGCACCCCAUUCAACUCAAACCCUUGGAAUCAUCCCAACCCGAGCAGAUCCCUGUGUAUCUCACCAAGAAAGAGCGCAAGAAACUUCGCCGACAGAAUCGCCGCGAAGCUGAGAAAGAGAAACAGGACAAGAUCCGUUUGGGCUUGGUCAACCCGGACGAGCCCAAGGUCAAGAUGUCCAACUUGAUGCGGGUCCUCGGCACCGAAGCCGUCCAGGACCCCACCAAGAUCGAGGCUCACGUCCGGGCCCAAAUGGCCAAACGUCUCGACACCCACGAAAAGGCUAAUGCCGAGCGCAAACUCACUCCGGAAGAGCGGAAAGCCAAGGUUCGACGCAAGUUAGAGGAGGACACGAGUUUCGGGGUCCACGUGAGCAUCUACCGGAUCAAGAGCCUCAUGAAUCCAGCCAAGAAGUUCAAGGUCAUGACCAAUGCCAAUCAGUUGACCAUGUCCGGGUGCGUGGUCUACUACGAGGAUGUGAAUGUGGUGGUAGUGGAAGGCGGGCCCAAGCAGCAAAAGAAAUACAAGCAACUCAUGCUGAACCGGAUCAAAUGGGACGAGGAGACCUACAAGCGAUCGGAUGGCACGGAAGCCGAUAAUGGAUGUACCUUGGUGUGGGAAGGUCAAACCAAGGAACGCCAUUUCAAAGAGAUGAUGAUCAAACAAUGCCCUUCCGAAAGCUUUGCCCGCGAUUUUUUCCGCAAGUUCCAGGUCGAACAUUUUUGGGACCUGGCUUAUAGCGCGUCCGUCCAGGACGACUUGUAACAUGAACCACCUGGGAUAUCCUAAAUACAUUCAAUCUACAGCCCA